CUCUCGCAGAGAAGAAAAAGGGCGUCAUAAUACCGGGCCCUCGCUACCAUUCACCCCACCACCACGAUUGGUGCUUCGCAGUAUAUUAGUGGCCGAGGUUACCCCGAAGCUAUGACUGGCCACUUCCUGGCUAUGUGGGCUCCGCAGGCUCACACUUCCCACAAUUCGCGUCACACACGCAGAUAAAGAAAAAGGUUCCCUUUGGUUGUGCGCUUUCGUUUUUCCGACUCGAUUUCGUAUCGCGCAUACGGCAUACGACGAUACAGAUACCUCAGCACAUCUGCAUCCAGGCUUUGAAGCGUCUGCCACCGCCAACAUGAGUGACGCCCAGGCCAACGAGGCCGAGAAGAACAUUGAGAUCUGGAAGGUGAAGAAACUCAUCCGGCGCCUGGAAGCUGCCCGAGGAAAUGGAACUUCCAUGAUUUCCCUGAUCAUUCGUGCGUGUCCUCCUCAAGCCUCAAACGUGGCUGUGGCUGUAUGCGCUGCGUGCUAACCCUCCUUCCAGCCCCAAAGGAUCAAGUCUCGCGAGCAGCGAAGAUGUUGGCUGAAGAAUACGUGCGUUUACCCCUCCCCUCCACUCGGUGGAGUCCACCUGCUGACCGUAAUAGGGUACUGCUUCGAACAUCAAGUCCCGUGUCAAUCGACAAUCCGUCCUGUCUGCCAUCACUUCGACCCAGCAGAGACUCAAGCUAUACAACAAGGUGCCACCAAAUGGCCUGGUGGUCUACUGUGGUGAAAUUUUGACCUCGGAGGGCAAGGAAAGAAAGGUCAAUAUCGAUUUCGAGCCCUUCAAGCCGAUCAAUACCUCCCUCUACCUUUGCGACAACAAAUUCCAUACCGAGGCCCUUGCUGAACUCUUGGAGUCAGACCAGAAAUUUGGUUUCAUUAUUAUGGAUGGUAACGGAGCUCUGUUCGGCACCCUCAGCGGGAACACGCGCGAUGUUGUUCACAAAUUCUCGGUCGAUCUCCCCAAGAAGCACGGUCGUGGUGGUCAAUCUGCCCUCCGUUUCGCACGUCUUCGUGAGGAAAAACGUCACAAUUAUGUCCGCAAGGUUGCUGAGUUGGCUGUCCAAAAUUUUAUUACGGCUGACAAAGUCAACGUGGCCGGUAUUAUUCUUGCUGGUUCAGCCGAUUUCAAGAACGACUUGAACCAGUCUGAUCUUUUCGACAACCGCCUUCAAACUAAAGUCAUUAAAGUAGUUGAUGUGUCAUAUGGUGGUGAAAACGGAUUCAACCAAGCCAUCGAACUCUCCGCUGAAACUUUGAGCAAUGUCAAAUUCAUCCAGGAGAAGAAACUCAUCGGAAAGUAUUUUGAUGAGAUCAGUCAAGACACUGGCCGUAUUUGCUAUGGUGUUGAAGAUACAUUGAAGGCACUUGAACUAGGUGCUGUGGAAAUUCUGAUUGUCUUUGAAAAUCUUGAAAUCAACCGCUGGACUCUCAAGGAUGCCAGCGGGAACAUUGUUGUUCUUCAUACUACCAAGCAAUCCGAGGCAGCCAACCGUGAACAAUUUAUGGACAAAGAAACCGGCCAGGAAAUGGAAGUCGUCACCCAAGAGUCCUUCCUCGAGUGGAUCGCUGAAAAGUACAAGGACUUUGGUGCGACCCUCGAGUUUGUUUCCGACCGUUCUAGUGAAGGAAACCAGUUCGUGAAGGGAUUCGGAGGUAUUGGAGGACUUCUUCGAUACAAGGUCAAUUUUGAGCAGUUGGCCGAAGUCGAUGACGAUGAUGAUUACUACGACGGUUCGUUCCCUCUUGCAAUUUUGUUUUUGUUUUAA